GUUCAGCUGGAGGAUCUGAGUGUGUGGAACUUGUGGAUUGAUUUUGUCCUGUAGUGUCUGAUUUCAGGAUUAAACCCCGCAGUGUUCUGGGUCUAGUGUAGAAGAGCGAGUUUAGAUCCGACAGACUGGUGCUACACUCCUCUGUACUGAGUAUUAAGUACUUUUAUUGAUCCGGAUCGUUGAAGGGUGCAGUGAUGUGGCUCAGCGGCUAAUCUGUGUUCUUCAUUUAAACUCACCGCUUGUACAUUUCAACCGCUGGAACUCCCACCUCAAGUUUACAACCCUUAAAAAAGAUGACCGAGUAUAAGUUGGUGGUGGUGGGGGCAGGAGGCGUUGGGAAAAGUGCACUCACCAUACAGCUCAUUCAGAACCACUUCGUGGACGAGUAUGACCCCACCAUUGAGGACUCGUACAGGAAACAGGUGGUCAUCGAUGGUGAGACGUGUUUGCUGGACAUCCUGGACACUGCAGGUCAGGAGGAAUACAGUGCCAUGAGGGACCAGUACAUGAGGACUGGCGAGGGCUUCCUCUGUGUGUUUGCCAUCAAUAACAUUAAGUCUUUUGAAGACGUCCAUCUCUAUAGGGAGCAGAUAAACCGGGUGAAGGACAGCGACAGUGUUCCGAUGGUGUUAGUGGGGAAUAAGAGCGAUCUGAACUCUCGCACAGUGGAGACACGUCAAGCACAAGAGCUGGCUCGUGGAUACGGCAUCCCGUUCGUUGAGACUUCUGCCAAAACUCGACAGGGUGUGGAGGAGGCUUUCUACUCCUUGGUUCGGGAGAUCAGGAAAUAUAAGGAGACGCAUCGCAGCAACAAGAAGAGCAAGAAACAGAGACGCUGCACUCUUUUAUAGCAAUACUUCUACCCACUCUUGCACUACAUUCCUGAAAUAGCACUGUGCACACUCACACACCUGUACACUCUGCUGUAGCAAACUAACCCCGUCACCUACGUUAUCUUUGGUCCUCCCAGUGACUGAACACAGAGCAGAAGUCAAAAGUCCAGAAUCAGGAAUGUUAGAAACGAUGCCAAGGCUAGUUCAGGUCUUGGCAGUAUGCUGUACUAUAUACAGUUAUUGGUGGUGAUUGUAGCUGUGCAGGGUGGAAACAGUGUGGCCUCAAAGUCCCUGGUUUUAGGUAUGAAUCUUUUUGAGAAUCAUGUGUAGCUUGUGUAUUAGAAUUGUAAACUUUGUCCUGGUACAUGUUUUAAUAAAGUGGCUGACAGUUCUUUGGUGGUGCAGUGGUGUAACAUGGCACCAUGGCAAAGAGUUCAAAUCUCAACAGAGCCACUGACCUGGUCGGGCAUCCUAACAAACACAAUUGGCCAUGUUUAAGGGAGGGAAGGUCAGGCGGGAUCUCACCUUGCUGCUGCUGCAAUAUGUGAUCUCCGGGGCUGAUCCAGGGGUCUGUGAGAGGGGUGUGGGGAUGGCAUUUAGUCACAUGGAGCCUAGCAUUGUUAUGCAUAUGCAAUACAGCUCUGUGUGUGUGGGAACCCAGCACUGACGGGUGAUAAGAAGCAGCCGCUGAUUAUGGUGAUUGUGCAAGCGGCAGCAGAGUCACAGUCACAGUCGGGAAUUGCAAAUAACUAGAUAGGGAGAUAACAAAUAAAAUUGCUAAUAUUUUAAUUUCUGAAACUUUUAGUAUUACCCAUAUUAUUAAAAACCCAAAUGUGUUUGAUUCCAGUUGUUCCCUGCUUGGUACUGGCACACUGAUAUCACUAGUUUAAAGUUCUCGGUUUGGUUGGCUACAUCCUGAACCACAUUCUGUCACUUUAAAUAGUAUGUUAAGAUGAUGCUGUUGUAGCCAGAUGGCAUACUGUUUAAAAUGCAAUCUUUUCUGCAAUAUUAGGUCUUUGCUUACCAGUACAAACUAUUGUUACCUCUCGGUAUGGGAGAUGAUUUCUCAUGCAGGUGCACAUGAAGUGAGACUGAGGACAACCUUUCAAAUGUGACUCACUCAGUCUGAGCAGGAAGUUUCUCCACAAGGAGAGCUGUUGGCACAGUGAGUUGGCGUCCGAACCAGUCAGGACCCUGUGUGUCUUUGUAACAGGAGCCGUUCAGUCAGGACUAGUUCUGGUUGGUGUUCAGAAUCAGCUUUGGUGGGUUUGAUUCCAGUAAUUCUGUGCGUACAAUCUGAAUUUUUUUUUAGUUUGCGACCCACCUGUAACCACUCUAAUACUGAGUAAAAAUCUGUAUUCAGUGGCACCUGUAGAGGUGGUGUUAAGUCGAACGUAGACCAAGGCCGACAAACACGCCAUUUAAAUGCUCAACUACCACUGUGUUCAUGCCUCAUUUCCACUCCUCUGUAGUUAGAUAUCAGAAUGAAUGGUCUGAAAUAACUAGCUUUAUAUUGUACAGCAUUCACACACGUUAAUAAAAGUUCUAUUUUUUUGAAAAAUGGGGUUCAGACGCAUGCUAAACAUUCCUGUUGUAAUUGAAAUGAAACUACUUUUUGAGUCUUUUUUUUUUUUUAAUAAAUAGAA